AUUAACCUUUAAAUAUUCCUGUUACAUAAGGAGAAAGUCUCAAAGAGAAGAAAAAAGAAAGAAAAAGAGUCAAAAAUGGCUGUUAUUCAGGAUCUGUUGACAUUCAGGGAUGUGGCCAUAGAAUUCUCUCGAGAGGAGUGGGAAUGCCUGGACCCUGCUCAGAGGACUCUGUACAGGGAGGUGAUGCUGGAGAACUAUAGGAACCUGAUCUCCCUGGGAAUCUCUCCUUUUGAACUGAGUAUUGUCUCUGUGUUGAAGCAAGGAGCAGAACCCUGGAAUGUGGAUGGCCAAGUGAAAAUAUCUAGAAAUCCAAGUCAGUGGAAAUAUAUCAAAGCUGUAAACAUAGAUAAGAGUUGAGAUGGGUAGAGAGGAAGUUAACACAGGUAAGAGCUGAGAUGAGUAGAGAGGAAACUGCACCAUUAGGAAUGUAACACUAAUUUUGCCAUAAAGGCACAAAAAUGUGGGUGUGUAGGACCUACAUUUAUGUUUUAAAAUAUAUCUAUUGAUGAAUUAUUCAUUUGAAAUUCAUGAGUUUUGUUAUAUUAAAUAGUGAAUACUUACCAGGAAAAAAAAUUACUAAAAUACUGAAAUUUUAAUACUUUAUUGAGUGUUUAUAAAACAUCAAAAUGUUCAAUGUCAACUAUUUUUUGGUGUGCAAGGUCUAAAAUAGAACAACACAGAUAAAUUCUUGUAUGAACUAAAAUGAAAACACCAAUAGCACUUACAAAAAAAAAUCUUUAAUCAAUUAUUACACUUAAGUCUGUACAUAUGUUCCAUGCACACAUAUCAUAUUGAUGGCACAUGCAUUUUGUUUUCCUGACCUUUUUGUAGGACAUACUUGACAGUUCAUAGGGCUUGCUGUUUCGUCAGGAGGUUCUUAUUCUCUUAUACAGUGUGUAGUUAACAGGAACAGAAAACAUCAUGAAUACAUUUCAUUUGAGAUUUCUGCUUUAUUCCUGUGUACAGUUCCUGCUGGCAACUUGUGUUCUGUUAGCAAAUAUAACAGCAGUUGGAAACUGAAA